AUGAACGCCUACAUGAUCUGGUCCCGAAUUCACCGUCCAGUUCUGAAACAAGCCCAUCCUGGCACCCCAUUUUCCAUCAUAAGUGGCAGGCUUGGAGAGGAGUGGAACAAACUGACGGUGGAGCAGCAACAGCCCUAUUAUGAUGAGGCGAAGCGGCUUAAAAGAAAACAUUCUGAAGAACAUCCAAGUAAGUAG